AUGGAGUCCAGCUCAGUCCGCUCAUUGGAACAGGUCACUACAGAAUACCGCAUCACAGGCCUGGUCUUCUACUGUGUCAUCUUCACCAUCGGCAUAGUGGUCAAAGUCACCGCAUAAUGGGUCUUUGCCUUGACCACCAAGAGGAGGAACUCCGUCUCGGUCUACAUGAUCAACGUAGAUCUCGUCUUUAUCGUCCUACUCCCCUUCAGGAUGAUUUACUAUGGGCAGGACCAGGGGCCCUUUGGGGACAUCUUCUGUCGGGUCAGUGCGGCUCUGACUGUCUUCUAGCCCUGCAUGGCCUUGUGGCUCUUCGCCCGUGAUCAGCACCGACCGCUACGUGGCCAUUGUCCAGCCCAAACACAGCAAGGAGCUCAAGAACAUCCCCAAAGCCCUGGUUGCAUGCGUCGGGGGGUGGAUCAUGACCCUGGGUAGCACUGUCCUCUUGCUGUUCCCUGAUCAUGACCCGGAUCGCGCCUCCAACUUCACCACCUGCGUCAAGAUGCGUGACAUCAUCCACCUGCGAACGGACAACCCCGUCCACUUUGUGCGCCUGGUCUUCUUCUUCCUGCUGCCCAUCUGUAUCAUGAUUGGUUGCUAUGUGGUCAUUGUGGAUAACCUCAUCCACGGAUGGACGUCCAAGCUCAAGCCCAAGGUCAAGCAGAAGUCCAUCAGGAUUAUUUCACACUCAUCAUCCAGGGGCUGGUGUGUUUCGUACCUUCCCAAGUUUGUUUGGUGGUUCUGUUGCUGGAAGGAGGGGAUGGAUCAGAGUACAGCACAUGGGGAGCCUUUACGAUGUUCCUGA